GCUUGGAUUUGACACCCGGCUAUUGUUUUCGUUUGAAAAGGAGCAAUUUUCUUUGAAUUUCCCGUGAUAAUUGUGCACUUUCACUGCAAAUCAACAUAAUGGACAAAAAGGCGGAGGUCCAACUACAGAAUCCACCUUCUGAUGUUAUCUCGGCGGUUAAAUUUGCCCCGAAUAGCAAUCAGUUCCUGGGAGUGGGUUCCUGGGAUUGUACAACCAGGAUCUACGACGUCACCAACUCUGCCUUGCGCCACAAAUUCAUCCAGGAAUGUCCAGUCCUCGAUCUCGCUUUUCAGGAUCCAUUUCGCAUUGCCACUGGCGGUCUGGACAAUCGUGUGCUCAUGUAUGAUCUCAACACUCAAGCGGAGAAGGUAGUAGGAAGCCACGAUAACGCUGUAAAGUGCGUGGAAUAUGCAGGAAAGGUGAACGGCAUACUAACUGGCAGCUGGGAUAAGACGAUAAAGCUUUGGGACACGCGGGAAGAACAGUGUGUAGGCACGUACGAGCAGAGCAACGGGAAGGUGUACGCGAUGGCGGUGAUUGAUGAGAAGAUUGCCGUAGCCACUUCCGACCGGAAGGUGCUCAUUUGGGAUCUGCGCAACAUGGGCCAGUUCAUGUCCAGACGCGAGUCCUCCCUCAAAUACCAGACGCGCGCCAUCAAAAUCUUUCCCAGCAAGGAGGGUUUUGUGAUGAGUUCAAUUGAGGGCCGCGUGGCUGUAGAGUACUUCGACCAGGAUGCGGAAGUGCAAAAGAAGAAGUUUGCCUUCAAAUGCCACCGCUCAAAAGAGAACAACGUAGAGCUCAUCUAUCCGGUGAACGCCAUCACCUUCCACAACAUCUAUCACACAUUCGCCACUGGUGGCUCUGAUGGCUUUGUGAACAUCUGGGAUGGAUUCAACAAGAAGCGUCUAUGCCAAUUCCAUCAUUACGACACCUCAAUCGCUGCACUCGCCUUCAGUCACGAUGGUAGCACAUUGGCUAUCGCCUGUUCCUACUUGGAUGAACUGGAGAAGGUGCCGGAUCCUUUGCCGGAGCCUACGAUCUACGUACGGUAUGUAAAUGAACAGGAAACGAAACCCAAAUAACUCGGAGAUCUCUUCGUCACACUCUGCCAAACUCUGUACAUUUUCUCAGCAUUUUUCUCUUAUUUUAUUAAGAUCAAUUUUUACAGAUUGACUUUACACAAUAUAGAUUGUCAAUAAAUGCUAUGUGA